AUGGCUCCAAGUAACAAUCAAACUAAGCACGCGCCAGGAAAUACUGAUGUGGAGAAGCGAAAGCUGCGAAAUCGAUUGGCACAGCGGGCCUUUCGACGCAGACAAGCAGACCACUUGAGAGAAUUACGCGAUCGCGCUAGCUCGAGCAAUCUACCGCAAGAUGAGAAGAUUCAGAAGCUACAGGAGGAAAAUAGUCGCUUGCGAAAAAGCCUUAUUGAUGUACACGCGAAAUUGUCACGACUAUCUGCGAACAUGCAUUCAUGGUCUGAGGCUAUCUCGAGCUCGAUUGAUGAGCUAACGAGUCCAAAGGAAAAGACUAGUUCGAACGAGCCAAGCUUCAACCUGAGCAAUAUAUUAGAGGAGUUCGAAGCGGGGGCAAUUGAAGACGAAAUUGUGUGUGUUCACGGACCUGCAGAUGCACAGCAAAUCGUCGUGCCGUCCAGAAGUCCCAAGGCCACGUCGCCGAUCAGUACAUUGAAUAUCCCUGAGCCGAUAUCCAGACUUCUCGAAGCACCAUUGGGGGCAGAAGAUAUCUCUGCAAGAGUGAGCAGUCUGGCGCAGGAGAUACCCAGCAUCUGGUCUUUUGAAUAUCAGAUGGGGCAAGAUCCAUACACCAAGGCUUUAUCCAGCAACCAGAGCUCGAGAAUGAUCAUGGGCAAAGACUGGACGGAGACGAACUCUCCAUUUUCAGACCAUAUUCAGAUCUUGCGGCAGGUCCUGAAGGGGAAGGUGGAGCUCAAUAGACCUGCGACGGGGCCCGCAAUGCUUUUUCUCACACGACCAGAUGUGAUGAAAUGGUAUGCCAAAACACGGUUUUACCAUAUCGUCAACCUUACAGCCUGGCAAAUCAACCCUUGCACCAAGACAUACAACUCUAUUCAUCCUCAAUAUCGACCUACCUCCUUCCAAUUACAGCGCCAAUAUCCAAGUGUCAUCGACUGGAUCCCAUUUCCAUCCAUCCGUGACCGACUCAUCCAGCUUCAUUCCGCCAAUCCGCAGAUCGACCAAAUAUUCUGCGACACUGUCAGCAGCUAUGUUGUGGAGACUUGGAUGUCAGAUCUGAUUAUCGGAGCUCCUACCAUCAAAGCCUACAUUCGAAUUACCGACAUCAUUGCAAAUUUCGAUUCAAAGGUUGAGGAGGACCCUGCAAUACUGGCAGCUGCUCUUCCUGCCCCUGAUAUUGCGACCAUCUUUGCGUCGCCGAUUUGCUCGCGAGCCGUUUUCAAAAAGCUGAAUAUGGCGUGUGGUGUGUCCAAUUAUAAGAUUGACCCUUCUUUUUUGGAAGCUAUCCUGAGCUCUACGAUCAGAAUUAUGACAUUGCAGCGCAAGGGAUUCCACUACGGCCGGAUGUGCAGUGCCGCCUAA